UAUUUCCGCGUCCCUCUCGGCGGCGCUCGGCAGUUGCUCGGCCUCCCCCAUCCCCCGGUAACGGUCGCUGGUUAGUUUAAAUGAGCCGGGGCUGGCCGGGCUGGAGCCGCUACGGCGGGGGGGGGGCCUGAGGCACUGCAGAAAGUGGGUCUGAGCCUCAAGGAUGACGGUGCUGCAGGAACCUGUCCAGGCUGCUAUAUGGCAAGCACUAAAUCACUAUGCCUAUCGAGAUGCAGUUUUCCUCGCAGAACGACUGUAUGCAGAAGUUCACUCAGAAGAAGCCUUGUUUCUACUGGCAACCUGCUAUUACCGCUCAGGAAAGGCAUACAAAGCCUACAGACUCCUGAAAGGGCACAGUUGUACUACACCACAGUGCAAAUACCUGCUUGCAAAAUGUUGUGUUGAUCUCAGCAAGCUUGCAGAAGGGGAACAGAUCUUAUCUGGUGGAGUGUUUAAUAAGCAGAAAAGCUAUGAUGAUAUUGUUACUGAGUUUGGUGAUUCAGCUUGCUUUACUCUUUCUUUGUUGGGACAUGUGUAUUGCAAAACAGAUCGGCUUGCCAAAGGAUCAGAAUGUUACCAGAAGAGCCUUAGUUUAAAUCCUUUCCUCUGGUCUCCCUUUGAAUCAUUAUGUGAAAUAGGUGAAAAGCCAGAUCCUGACCAGACUUUUAAAUUAACAUCUUUACAGAACUUUAGCAGCUGUCUACCCAACUCUUGUACAACACUAGUAUCAAAUCAUAGUUUAUCUCACAGACAGCCUGAGACAGUUCUUACAGAAACACCCCAGGACACCAUUGAAUUAAAUAGACUGAAUUUAGAAUCUUCCAAUUCAAAGUACUCCUUGAAUACAGAUUCUUCGGUGUCUUAUAUUGAUUCGGCAGUGAUUUCACCAGAUCCUGUCCCUCUUGGAACAGGAACUUCUAUAUUAUCUAAACAGGUUCAAAAUAAACCAAAAACAGGUCGAAGUUUGUUAGGAGGACCAGCUGCUCUUAGCCCAUUAACACCAAGUUUUGGGAUUUUGCCAUUAGAAACCUCAAGUCCUGGAGAUGGAUCCUAUUUACAAAACUACACUAACACACCUUCUGUAAUUGAUGUGCCAUCCACUGGAGCCCCCACAAAAAAGUCUGUUGCAAGAAUUGGCCAAACUGGAACAAAGUCUGUCUUCUCACAGAGUGGAAAUAGUCGAGAGGUAACUCCAAUUCUUGUUGCACAAACACAGAGUUCUGGCCCACAAACAAGUACAACACCUCAGGUACUGAGCCCCACUAUUACAUCUCCCCCAAACACACUGCCUCGAAGGAGCUCUCGGCUUUUUGCUAGUGACAGCUCUACAACCAAGGAGAAUAGCAAAAAAUUAAAAAUGAAGUUUCCACCUAAAAUCCCAAACAGAAAAACAAAAAGUAAAACUAAUAAAGGAGGGAUAACUCAACCCAACAUAAAUGAUAGCCUGGAGAUUACAAAAUUGGAUUCUUCCAUCAUUUCAGAAGGGAAAAUAGCCACAAUCACACCUCAGAUCCAGGCUUUUAAUCUGCAAAAAGCAGCAGCAGAAGGUUUGAUGAGCCUUCUUCGUGAAAUGGGGAAAGGUUAUUUAGCUUUGUGUUCAUACAACUGCAAAGAAGCUAUAAACAUUUUGAGCCAUCUGCCUUCUCACCACUACAAUACUGGUUGGGUACUGUGCCAAAUUGGAAGGGCUUAUUUUGAACUUUCAGAGUAUAUGCAAGCUGAACGAAUAUUUGCGGAAGUUAGAAGAAUUGAGAAUUAUAGAGUUGAAGGCAUGGAGAUUUAUUCUACAACACUCUGGCAUCUUCAGAAAGAUGUUGCUCUUUCAGUUCUUUCAAAAGACUUAACAGACAUGGAUAAAAAUUCACCAGAGGCUUGGUGUGCUGCAGGAAACUGUUUCAGUCUGCAACGGGAACAUGAUAUUGCAAUCAAAUUUUUCCAGAGAGCUAUCCAGGUGGAUCCAAAUUAUGCUUAUGCAUAUACUCUAUUAGGGCAUGAGUUUGUGUUAACUGAAGAACUAGACAAAGCAUUAGCUUGUUUUCGAAAUGCGAUCAGAGUCAAUGCUAGACAUUACAAUGCCUGGUAUGGUUUAGGAAUGAUUUAUUAUAAGCAGGAAAAAUUCAGCCUUGCAGAAAUGCAUUUCCAGAAAGCACUUGAUAUCAACCCUCAAAGUUCAGUUUUACUUUGCCACAUUGGAGUAGUUCAGCAUGCACUGAAAAAAUCUGAGAAGGCUUUGGAUACCCUAAACAAAGCCAUUGUUAUUGAUCCCAAGAAUCCUCUAUGCAAAUUUCACAGAGCCUCAGUUUUAUUUGCAAAUGAAAAAUAUAAGUCUGCUUUACAAGAACUUGAAGAAUUGAAACAAAUUGUUCCCAAAGAAUCCCUUGUUUACUUCUUAAUAGGAAAGGUUUACAAGAAAUUAGGUCAGACACACCUCGCCCUGAUGAAUUUCUCUUGGGCUAUGGAUUUAGAUCCUAAAGGAGCCAAUAACCAGAUUAAAGAGGCAAUUGAUAAACGCUAUCUUCCAGAUGAUGAGGAGCCCAUAACUCAAGAAGAGCACAUCAUGGGAACAGAUGAAUCCCAGGAGAGCAGCAUGACAGAUGCCGACGACACACAACUACAUGCAGCUGAAAGUGAUGAGUUUUAACUUCUGGGAAAUCAGGCUGUUGCAACUGGAUGUGUGACUAGUGCUGACAUGUUGCUGACCCUCCGUGUGCUGAGACUUCCCUCUGAGCCGGCAGUGUCGUCAUCCAUUACACCAUGAAUGUGCCGCUGUCAUUGGACCCUGACUGUGCACAGAAUGAAAGGCAGUGCAAUAUUUAGCUGCUAAUAAGACUGGCUCUUUUACCAGUAUGAACGACAAUUUAGUUGGGGGGGCGGUGGGGGGGAACUUUCUUUUCUUUUUCAUUUUUUUUCUUUAAUCUCCUUUGUUGGAAAACUAUCAUGGAACAAAGAGUUAUGUUUUAUCUUGAAGAAACCAUUAGAUAUGAGAAAUGAAGAACCAGCAUUUCUUGGUCAUUUUUCCAAAGUUUGUUUUAAUUGGUUCUGUUCCUGGUAAACAGUGACUAACCUUCUAGGUUAGUCUAGACUAACUUUCUAGGUUCUUCAAGAAUGGUGUUAGCAAGUGCCAGAUGAAACAAUAAAAGACAAUGCCUAUAACAGAGUAACUUGAUUGCCAAGGAAUGUAAAUUACUUUAAACUUGCAGUGUCUCAUAUAAAUGAAUAUAUUGGGCAUAUUGAGACCCAUAUGUAGAAAUCAAAUAUCCCUCCAUACAGUGUGUGUACACUUAUUCUUGGCAAGAAUGCUGAAUAUCUAACCAAGAAUUUGAAUUUAUCCACCUUGCUUCAGAGUGUUGGUCAUUGUUGUCUUGGUACUGCAAACUUUAAAGUUGUUCCUGACCAUAAUUGCCUCUUGUCUUUGAACUCCGUGGGAUCACCUUUAAUAUUUGGAGAAGGUAGAGUGGUUCCCCACUGAAAAGCCAAAACAAAGCCUUUAAUGACCUAUAAGUUCACCGUGGGAAUCAGUAUGAAUAUGCUAACGUGGAGAGACUCUGGGGAUCAUGAUCGUGAAAGCCUUAAUACAGUCAGAAUUGUAUCCUAACUUUGAGCCUCCAUUUGUUCCAAACAGUAUGCUUU